AUGGAGAAAAAGUUUAAAUCAUUAUUAAAAAUUCGUCGUAAUAAUCGUCAACAAGUACUCGAAGAGCCACAUGUAGGAGAAGCAAGUCAGUUCUAUUUUGCAUGUAGAAAUGGAGAUAUAGAUACAGUCAAACAAAUGUUACCUACUAUUCGUUAUGAUCAAUUGAAUCAGUUAGAGCCUAAUGGUAGUACGGCUCUUCAUGCUGCAACAUAUUUUGGUCAUGUAGAUAUUGUUCGUCUACUUCUACAUGCAUAUAGUUGUCAACGACAUCUACGAAAUCGUCAUGGUUUCACGGCAUAUGAAGAAGCACAAACAGAUGAAAUGCGAGAACUCUUUCACCGACCAUCAAAAGAAAAUCGAUUUAAUGAUGAUUCGAUAGCUGUUGAACGAACAUUUCAAAUAUAUUCAUCAUCAAUUGAUAAAACUGAAAUGAAUGGUAAUGAUGAUGACGAUGGUAUUUCAAAACCUGAUAAACGGUAUCUUAUUGGUUAUGAAACAAAUGAAGAAGUUGGACAACAAUUAGAUGGUCUUAAUGGUGUUAAAGCGUUUUUACAAUCACGAGUCGGACGAUAUAUAAUGGGACGAGGAAUGAAAUUAAAACUUAGCAAAGAUGCCGGUUAUGGUGAGGAAGAAUAUGCUUAUGUUACAAGUGAAAGAUUUCGACAUGAAGCUUUACAAAGAGUCUUGGAUGAAGAUGUUACUUCAAAUCAUCCUUACUAUAAACAUUGUUGUCAUCUACUCAACAAAUACAUUCAAGAAGGUACAAUUGAGUCUUUAUUGAAACUCUACACAUUGGAAGCACCAUUUUAUCAUUCAUUAUUGAAACGGUCAAGUCCAUUAGGAUUUCCAUUUUUUAUGCAUCUUUCAGAUUUAAAAAAACGUUAUUAUCAAGGAUAUUCCUAUCGCGGUGUUCAAUUGACUCGACAUGAAUUAAAUGAAUAUCGUUGGGCAUUGAAAAAUAAAGAUAGUGUUUUAUCAGCAUAUACAUUUGCAUCGACAUCUAUUAAUCGAGAUGUAGCUGAGCAAUUUGCUGCAAAACCUUCAUCAUCAUCAUCAUUAGAUAAAAUAAGUGUUCUAUUAAUAUUUCAUUUUCCUCAACCAUGUGAUACAGCAAUAAACUUAAGUGAAAUUCCUGAAUAUCAACUACCAUGUAUAUCGAAUUAUGAGAAUGAAAAAGAAGUGUUAGUUGGUCCACGAACAUUUUUCAAAGUGACAGAAAUUGAAAUUGAUCGAUUUAAUGAACAAUAUAUGAUUUAUUUGGAAUAUAUGCGCGGAGAACAGCAAACUAUAUUGAAGGCACUAAAACUCUUUCUUGUAACUGAUCUGAAGAAAAAAACUAGUAAACUGCGUCGUCAUUGA